GGAAGCCGCCUCAGCGCCGCCCGCGGCGGGAAGCGCGAAAGGGCGUUUUUAAUUGCGGAAAAUGAUGGUCUGUAGGGUGGUAAGAGCCUGCGAAAGGCCGGCGGGCAAAAAAUAACUUGAUCUGUGGUAUUGGGCAGCAGUGUUGCGCUCACAGCUGAAGAUUGGCGUUUCGUGCAUUUGUGGUCCCACGACAGUGCGCGUAAUUUGGUGCCUGCGCUGUUGAAAGGUGCCAGGGGCUGUCUGUGGCCGUGGAGCAGCUGCAGUGUGCGGGGCUGAGCCCACCCUCACAGCCCGGGACGUCCUUGGGCCCAGGACGGUUCAUGUUCGGAGAAUUCUGCAAAUACCUCAAUGCGCAUAAAGCAUGAAGUUAAUUAACAACGUGGGGUACUGAGCAAAUGCUUACAAAAGGUCAGCGAUAGGUAAUUGUGCAGAGUGUUUAAAGACAGUUGAAAUGACAAGUCUGAUAAUGACAAUGGAAAGUUAUUUUGGAAGUUCCUUUUCUGUCCUUUUGAACCCCCGUGUGUUUAUUUGCAGUGUUUGGCAGCAGGGUGGACAUGACUCUGAAGGGCUGUUCGUUGCCUCGCUGCCUGCAGCUCUAAAAGCCAUUUGUGCAUUUGUGGCCGUGCUGUGUUUCCUUGCGCAGGGUUUUGUCUCAGAUGCUUCGUACUCUGAGCUGGUGCAGCUGAACACUUUGCUUCAUGAAUUUGCAUCGCUGCUGUUUAACACUCAGACUUACCCGGUGAUUAUCCCAGCUGUGUUUGCAGGCAAACUGAAUGGGAUUUGUGCCGUGGUGUUUGCAGUAGUGAUACACUGGAAGGGGCCUGUGUUAAAAGCUUCUCAUUAGAAAUCUGUCUUUGGUAAAACAAGGUUUUCAAAGAUAGACAGUGGGUUGAGAUAUCUCUGGAGUUUUUUAUCUUUUUACCCGCAGCUCUUGCCUAGACUCACUGAACCUGUUUUCUUGCAGUGUGUGGUGCAGAUGAAAAUAGAAAUUUGCUUUGUAGGGGUCAGUUGGGUGUUUGGAAAGCACAGUAGUUCUGUAAUAUGCUACAGGAUAACAUAGUGAGUGGGGUUGUUCUGGACAAGUUUAUGUAGCUUUGGGUCUGUAGCUCAUAAAGGUGAUAAUACUUUAUAAGGUGCAUAGUCUGUGUAGUUGCUUAGUUUAAAUUUUGAAUCUGUGCUUUAAAAGAAUGUUAAUCUGAAAGGUGACUUCUCUCUUUUAAGAAGAAACUGUUUCUUACUCUUACAGGUAUCCUGUUAAAUGGCUUUAACUGAUGUGGUAUUAAACCAAAAGGGAUUUAGUAUUAUGCGAGGGAGAGCUGGGUCAUGCUUGCUUUAAUGCUGUUCCACAAGGUGAGCUGGGACUUUGGUCCUGUCUUAAAGAGUUGCAGGGGGCUGUGUCUGAACUGAAACAGUGAAUUAGAAGCAACUGGAGAUGCUCCAGUUGUCCCUUUUGGUGACUGGAGCAUUCCUGUCACCCAGCUCUUUCAGAUUAAUUAAAGCAGGUUUAGAUGCUAAGGCCACUAUAGAACUUUGGUCUAGAGUCUCACUAAACCCAGCAGUGCUUUGUAACAGCACACACCUACAAGAAACAAGUGAUGCUUUAACAGCCCUGUGAUGUGAAUUUUCCCUGCUGUUUAUCUGUGUUCACAUAUUUGCAUGUUGUCCUUGCAACUCACCUGCCCCUGCUGGUCAUGUGGCUCUUGGAUGUAAAGGCAAGAGAAGGAAAAACACUUGAAACAGGUAUUGGAAAAACAAAAAUUAAAACAAAAAAACAAACUAGAGCAGAUUAAGAACCACAUUUUAAAUUGUCUGCAUUUUGAAUCACAUAGUACAAGGUUGAUUAAAAAUGGAAUAAAUUUUCAAGGUGGGUUGGAGUGGGUAGUUAAAAUUACAGGUUGUAUGUGAUAAUGCAGGCUGGCAGGCUUGGUUCAGUGCAGUCUCACUCUCCUUGUUGCUUAGCCUUAGGAAGACUUCUGAAAUGAAUACUAAAGAUUAAAUGAUCAAAACACAGCAACAGUAGUAACAGAAAUUCCUAUGUAGUAUAACUUCUGUGCUAUAAUGCAAAAGCACAGAAUAUAAGCCUUGGGAUGAAGCUCAGGCUUUUUUAUUAGGCUUUUUGUCAAGCAAACUGUGAGGUUUAGAGCAGUGUUUGUGUAGUUUGAAGUGUGGGUAUUGAAUUCUGUUUCAGAGAGCAUUUUAUACAAGUAUGGUUCUUGCUACAUACACUUCCAAAGUGAACAUCACAAGUACUUAACAAGAAAUAUGGUUCCAAGAAAAACCAAGAGACUUUUAUAAACACCAUUAGCUUUAAAUAGAAUCUGAUUUGUGUGGUGAUAUUUCAUUUACACAAGUCUCAGAAAGCAAAAUGUUUGCAGUCACUGCUGCACAAACCCACAUUGCUGCUCCCUCUCAGACUGUCCUGAAGCCCAUGGAUCUGCUGGUGUGUGUGACAGCAGGAGCAGAAGGGAGUGCAGGACAGCACUUGGGUGUAAUGGGGCUGUCCAGCGCUGUGCUGUGUCCUGGAUUAGUCACGUCCUUGCAGCAUCAGUUGACAGCUGCUGGCUGUGUGUGUGACAGACAGGAGGGGUUCUCCAGCACUCAGUGCACACUGGUAAGAUGAUCACAGUAAAAAUGGCAGUGGCAGCUGAGGACACCUUACCCCACCAGGUUUGUGCCACUGCCGCUUUCCAGAAUCAACAGCUCCCGUGUGGUCUUUCCUGGAAGGAUAGGUGAGCAUUCCAGAGCUGCUCCAGUGCAAGCCAGCUUGUUCCCCUUGUUUGCAUGUGCUUUGGAGUAGUGGGUGUUGCAGUCCUUGCAGGAGUGAAACCAACCUCCUGCAAACAUGGCAGACGAGGACCUUAUUUUUCGUAUGGAAGGGAUUGAUAAUGCCAGAACCACUCCAGCAGACUCUGGGAAUUAUCUUGAUGCUGAUAGUGAUGAUGAAGACAAUUAUUUUAUCUGUCCAAUAACUGAUGAUCCAGUUUCUAACAAGUCUGCCAAUACCAAAGUAGACAAUUAUUACAGCAAUUUAGCAAAAACUGAGCAGUACAGUUCAAGCUCUUCUCCCAGAAGCUUUAGCUUUAAGAAUGACACACAACAUCGUUCUAAGCAUGGCUCUGUGGUUGACCAUGGUCGGGAAACCUGGAAACAUGCUAUUGAAAAAGCCAAGCACAUGCCUGAUCCCUGGGCAGAAUUCCAUCUGGAGGACGUUGAGACGGAGCACGCGACUCGUUACAGGUACAAUGCAGUUACUGGGGACUGGGUUGAAGAUGAAGUCCUUAUCAAGAUGGCCUCUCAACCUUUCGGCCGUGGAGCAAUGCGAGAGUGUUUCAGAACAAAAAAACUGUCCAACUUCUUACACACUCAGAACUGGAAAAGUGCCUAUAAUUAUGUUGCCAAGCAAUACAUAGAGAGUGUAAGCAGGGAUGUUUAUUUUGAGGAUGUUCGACUGCAGAUGGAAGCAAAACUCUGGGGAGAAGAGUACAACCGGCACAAGCCACCAAAACAGGUGGAUAUAGUGCAGACCUGUAUUAUUGAAAUGAAGAACAGGCCUGGAAAGCCUCUCUUUCAUCUGGAACAUUACAUUGAGGGCAAAUACAUCAAAUACAACUCAAAUUCUGGAUUUGUGCGGGACGACAACAUUCGUCUAACUCCUCAAGCCUUCAGUCACUUCACCUUUGAGCGCUCAGGACACCAGCUCAUUGUUGUUGAUAUCCAGGGAGUUGGAGAUCUUUACACAGACCCUCAGAUCCAUACAGAGAGUGGUUCAGAUUUUGGAGAUGGCAACCUAGGUGUUCGAGGUAUGGCCUUGUUCUUUCAUUCUCAUUUCUGCAACAACAUCUGCAAAAGCAUGGGACUUGCACCAUUUGAUCUUUCAUCCAAAGAGAAAGAUGCCUUGGAUUAUAAUAAAAAAUUGCUUGAAUCUGCUCAAACAAUUCUCCGUGGCACAGAGGAGAAAUGUGGCAGCAGCCGCGUGAGGACGGUGUCCGGGAGCCGGCCCCCGCUGCUCUUCCGCCUGUCUGAAAACUCUGGGGAUGAAAGCAUGAGUGAUGUGGCAUUCGACUCCCUGCCCUGCUCUCCAUCCUCUGCAACCCCUCACAGCCACAAGGCGGACAUGCUUAAUUGGCCUGUGUUCAGUGAAGUAGAUAACUUGGAUCACCUUGACAAUAAAAGGGAUUUUGAAAAUGGUGGAGACAGUGGAUAUCCCAGUGAAAAGAGAAGUGAGACAGAAGAUCUGGAUCAUAGAGAGAGGGGCCAUUCAAACAACAACCGGAGGCAGGAGUCUGAUGAAGACAGUUUGGGAAGCUCUGCAAGGAUCAGUGUGGAGAAAUGGAAUCUUUACAACUCUUCCAGAAUCCAUAUCCACAGACCAUCCUGUGUUGCCCAAGAAAUUCAGAGGCUCAAUGCACUAGAACUUGAAAAGAAAAUUGGGAAGUCAAUCCUUGGAAAGGUUCACCUGGCCAUGGUUCGCUAUCAUGAAGCCGGGCGCUUCUGUGAGAAGGACCAGGAAUGGGAUCAGGAGUCGGCCCUGUUCCACCUGGAGAAGGCUGCAGACUGCGGAGAGCUGGAAGCCAUCGUUGGGUUAGGCCUCAUGUGCUCUCAGCUGCCACAUCACAUUCUUUCUGAGGUCACUCUUGAGAAUACAAAGGAGAACAGAAAUAAAGGAUUUAAUUACUUGCUUAGAGCAGCAGAAGCUGGAGACCGGCCUUCCAUGAUUCUGGUAGCAAGAGCAUAUGACACAGGUGUAAAUCUUGGCGCAGACAGAGCCCAGGAUUGGAAGGAGGCACUGCACUGGUACAACGCUGCACUGAACAUGACUGACUAUGAUGAGGGAGGUGAAUAUGAUGGCACUCAGGAUGAGCCCCGGUAUCUGCUCCUGGCCAGGGAAGCAGAGAUGUUAAUGAUGGGAGGGUUCAACCUGGAGAAGGAUCCACAGAGAUCAGGUGAGCUUUACACAGAAGCAGCAGAAGCAGCCAUGGAGGCCAUGAAGGGCAGACUGGCAAAUCAGUACUACCAAAAAGCAGAAGAGGCUUGGGCAAUGAUGGAAGAAUAACACUGAAAUUAAGCAGUUCUUGUAUAUAAAUUUUUUAUACACUUGCUGCAUUUGCAGCUAAAAAGAUGUAUUUUUAUGUGAUGUUACCAGGUUGGUUUUUCUUUGUAUUUUAGUUUUAUAAUUUUUUUGAAGGUAGAAAUCUAAAUGUAAGUAGUAUGUGCCAUAUGCCAUAGCAUACUUCUGUUUGUGUUUUAAAGCUGUAAUUACACACACUUGGACCUUUUGUACUUUUUUUACUGUUAGAACUGAGGGGCCUGUUUUUUUUUGACAAAAGAAAAUGAGGCCUUAUUAUUUAGGCUUUACAUGUCCUGUUUUUUACACAGCAAAUGAUCAGUAUGUUUACAUUUUUCUUCUCCUCCCCACAUACAGAAAAACAUCUUCUUAAAUUCUCAGCAUAAUUCUUCAUAAUUUUUGGUGUAUCUCACCAAAUUUGCACAUGAACAUAAAUUUCCAGUUUAUGGAUGCAACUACUGAUGUUAAUAAGUAAUCCCAUUCUAUUUUGCUGACAUUGUUGGACAGUUAUUCUCAAAUGAAUUUCAGAUGGAAUCCUUAGUUUGGGGAGGGGUAGGGAAGAUGAUUCAGAUUGGCAGUGAGAAUAUUGAGGCUGGAAUGUUUUAUUCAUUACCAGCAUUGCAUACUAUACCAUUAGAAAAUCAUUCAUGAUGAGGUGAGGCAUCCAGCUACCUCUCUCAUUUUCACAUUUUGCACCAUAUAAAAGCUGAGUUGUAUAAAAUUCUACUGAUCUUAUAUUUGUCCAAUGAUGUAAAGUAGCACGAUUUGUAAUAUACGGGUAAUUUGAAGUUAGUUUUACAGUGGCAUCUCAAAUAGCAGUGAAGCUAGAUCAUCUCACUUAAGACCACAUUUUCCACCAUUUCCAGAUGGAUGUUUGAAGAGGAGAUGUUGAUUCACCUAUUUCUAUGUACAGAAAACAAUUUAUAUGGUUUAAGUCUAUUUUAAAAUGGUAUUUCAUCUGCGAAUGCCAUUUAGAGAAGAGUUUCUCAUUAGAAAGGGAAAAUGUUAUUACCCCCAAACACUUGAAUUUAUGUCCUCUGCCUAAUCCUAACCAGUGAGGGGAGGACAAGUACCUGGUGGUAUUAUCAUUACAUAGAGAGAAUUUUCUUCUAAUCCAGUGUUUUAUUCCAAAGCUGCUGUGCCAUCUAGAUGGCUAGUACAGCAGCUGUUCCUGUUCCUUGGUUGUGGUUAACAGUCAUUUGCAGGCGGUUUAAGAUGGAAGCCUCUGCCUCCUUGGCCUUGCAUCUCCUGAGGUGUAAAUUGAUGUGCACAAGGGGCAGCCCCUGUGAAGUGCUGUAAUGCUCACCACUUCAGCCAAGCUCUUAAAAGCAGGUGUAAAGCUAAGCAGGCUAAGAGAUGAUGCAGGAUUGAUUAGGAUUUCUUGCAUGCAUAGCCAAGGAGUAUUAAGUUCUUGUAAAAUGCAGAAACUGUUCAGGGAACAGAAAUCAGUUCUUCCUUUCCUGUGCAAGUGCCUGUCACUGGAAUCAAGUUGUGUUCCCGUUUUCUCUUUUUUAUGGCAAGUGGAUCUUGAAUUGCUGUUUAGACAGUAUCCAAGGGAGAUGUCAGUAACAACUGCCACUGUCUGAAAGGGGUGAACUCCUGUUGAUUAAAUGAGGGUUUGAAUCCAUUCUAGGAGGGAAGGCAAAGUUACCCUUGGAUGUUGUGCUCCUGGCUGGUGCUGUAAUCAGCAGGCAGUUGUGGCUGUGAGCAGCCUUGCAACACAUGGCAACGUCCUUUUGCUGCAGAUUGCUGAGAUCAUGGGAAAGUAGUGCCCAUGGCCUUUUUGUUUUUUGUUUUCUUUUGAGAGAGAGGGUGAAGUUCUUCACCCGUUAAAGGAGGAAUGUCUCAUUUCUCAAUCUCAGUUGGUCUUAGGUAGUGAGGUACUAAAAUGACCAGAUUUUUGUACCUAAUAUUUUUUGUACCUAACAUGGUGAAAUGGAACCAGAGGACUGCAAUUCAGAUGAAUGUUUUCAGUGCCUGUCCAAAGUUCUGCUUUAGAUGCCUAAAGCCUGUCUGGGAUGUGACCUUUUUUGCUGUUUCAGCUCACAGCAUUGAGGUACCAGCUGUCAGUGAAAGGUGAAGACACUCACCUCUGAAGACAGUUGAAUAGUCUGUUUUGUGCAGAACCUGUACAGUGUAGGGACUAUAGCAAAAUCAGACAAAAGGAUUUGUUCUCCUCAUAAGGUGCCAAAUCUUUGAGAUUUUCCUUGAGAAGGAAGCAUGUGUGACAACACCACUACCCAUGUAGGGAGGAGAUUGAAAGUGCCUAUCCAAAAUGUGCAUGCAAAGAAGGUAGAGUGUAAUUGUUGACACUUCUUGGUGUAGUUUAAUUUGCUAAAUUCAGUAGUUGCUGACUGCUCUUUGUAGAUCUGGUAUGCAAAUGGGCACACAUCUCAAUGCAAAAAUUAUUAUGGUUAUUAAUUCUUUGUUUGCAAACACUACUUUUUGGUGAUGAAGUCUAUCUUGUGUCCUAAGGUGUAUCAGAUGAUUUGGCCAUUCAAUAAAUGGGACUGUCAAUAAUAUGAAAAUGGAAAUUGUUUACAGAAAUAUUGCAACUUAUUCUGUGAUAUUCUUUUGAAGGGAAAAACUGUAUAUUUUAAAGACUUUUGCAAUGAUAUUGCUUUAUGCUAUAUUUUUAAUCUAUUCACAAUGAAUAAAUAAAAAUCUGUAUUUUUUAAAAAUGUGAAAAUAAAUCUGAGACUCAGCCUGUAAGAACUUACCUGAGUUCAGUGUUUCCAGAAGUCAGUGGGAAUAUUGCUUGGGUAAGGAGAGUGAGAUGGAAGUCUUUGUAUGUCAGACAAGCAAAUACUGUUUGCCUGCAUGGCUUAGUCCUCUCAUUCACUUUGGGUUCAUUCUGGCUAGUCAAUAAAAUUGUUCUUUUUGUCACUU